AUGGGCCACCAUGAAUUAAAGCAGGCUCCUCCUGCAGCAUUACACGAAGUAGACGGCUCAUCCCAGGACAAUCUGGAUGAUAUCAAUCUGGCCCGCAUCGGAAAGCGCGCUGUCUUGAGGAGAAAUUUUGGUUUGAUGUCAAUUCUGGGCUUCAGUUGCACAAUCCUCAUCACCUGGGAGGGUAUAACCGCUGGUGGCCCUGCUGGAUCGGUUUAUGCCUUCCUCUUUGUCUGGAUUGGUGUCACGUCGACCUUCGUUGUAUUAUCGGAGCUCGUUUCAAUGGCUCCAACAGCUGGUGGACAGUACCACUGGUGUUCGAUGUUGGCACCUCCGUCGGCCAUGAAACUCUCCAGUUACAUCACAGGUUGGCUUACUGUUAUUGGAUGGCAGGCGACCUAUGCAACUGCCAUUUAUCUUAAUGGAACGUAUAUUGCAGCAAUGAUCUCCCUUACACAUUCUGACUACGUUCCGCAAGCAUGGCAUAUGACUUUGUACUCUUAUGCGACUGCGUUAAUCGGUCUGGCCAUCAAUUGUGUGGGAGGCAAGCUUUUGCCGCGGUUUGAAGGCACAAUUCUCAUUCUCCACAUCCUUGGUUUCUUUGCGAUCCUGAUCCCCUUAACCUAUAUGGCCGACCAUAAAAACGCCAAGGAGGUCUUUACUCAUUUCAUAAAUGAAGGGCAAUGGCCAACCCAGGGUCUCUCGUUCUUCAUCGGAUUAAUUGGUCCCGUGUUUGCUUUCGCUGGUGGUGAUGCCGCGGUUCAUAUGGCGGAAGAGAUUUCCAACGCUCCUACCUAUGUGCCUUGGUCAUUGAUGCUCACUGUAUUGAUCAACGGAACCCUUGGUUUUGCCAUGCUUCUGGCCUUGCUCUUUUGCCUGGGGGAUAUUGAUAAAGCCCUGAAUGAUCCCACGGGACUGCCCUUUGUGGGUAUUUUCCUGCAAGCAACAGAAUCUAUCCCAGGGACAGUGGUCAUGGCUUCUAUUAUCAUCGUCUUGUGUUUCUGUACUUCAGUAGGCAUGCUUGCAUCAGCAUCGCGUCAAUUCUGGUCCUUUUCCCGGGACCGUGGAAUCCCUGGCUGGCAAUUAUGGAGUCAGGUCACCACGCGCACAGCAAUACCAACAUAUACCGUCGUUUUCACUACAACUAUCUCGCUUCUGUUGAACCUUAUCAACAUUGGUUCCGACGUCGCAUUCAAUAGUCUGGUGUCUAUGUCAACAUCAGGCCUCUACUUAUCAUACAUGGCUGUUGCUGGUCUGCUCCUCUACCGCCGUUGCACUGGCGGAAUCAUGAAUAGGAACCACGGGAACCGGAGCUCGGAGGCUAAGAUCAACACGGCCGGCGCUCAAUUAGUCUGGGGCCCGUUCCAUCUUCGCGGCAUUGGGGGCAUUGUCGUGAAUGCCUUCUCCUUAAUAUACAUGUCCAUUGCUACCUUCUUCAGCUUCUGGCCUCCGAACAAUCAUGCAGAUGUACAGUCGAUGAACUAUAGUGUGGUAGGUACGCUAGGGACGAUUAUCCUUAGUCUGUUCUAUUAUUUUGUCCGGGCGAGGAGGAUUUACUCCGGGCCUGUAGUGGAGAUAUAA